UGUAAAAGUUUAUAAUAUUAAAGAAAAAUUCGAAAUUUGUAAAUAUUUUAUAGGAUUAUGUAUAAUAUUGUGAUAGGAUUAUUUUACUUUUGGUGUAGUGUUCGUGGAUUAAAUUUUGAUUCUAAAAGUUUGAUAGAAGUUGAAUUAAAUCAAAGUGAUAUUGUUGAAAGGUCUUAUUUUGGGUAUACACUGCUUUUACAACAAGGACCUAAUCCGCAGGUCAUAGUAGGAUCUCCAAAACAAAGUAUCAAAACUGGAGGAGCCGUAUUCAAAUGCAAUAUUUAUUCUUUAAAAGGCCCUGGUUGCUAUAAAUACAACAUUUCAAUAGGUAAUGAAGGAAGCUUCAAUGGAAACUUUUUGGGAUCUGCAUUAGAUGGUGAAUCACGUUUACAACUUCCUCCAUAUUUGUUUGGACAAGCCGGAUUUGAUAUUUCGUAUGAUAAAAUUGUAAUUUUGUACAACAACACGUUAUAUCAGAUUCUUCGAGGAGAAGAGCUUGGAUCUUAUUUUGGAUCUGCCAUUCUGGCAGAAGACGUUGAUAAUGAUAAAUCAGACGAUUUAUUUGUUGGAGCUCCAAUGACUUCCGGAACCACAUUUGAUGAAGGAUGUGUUUUCUAUUACAACAAUGUACAACAAAAAACAAGUGUUAAGCUUUUUGGAAGUCCAAAACGUGGAGCAAGAUUUGGUACCCAUAUUAUUUCUUUGGGCGAUAUAGACCUAGACAAGUUUAACGAUAUUGCUAUAUCAGCACCCUUUGAAGAUGAUGGUGUUGGUGCUGUAUAUAUCUUCAAAGGCAGUCAAAAUGGUAUUAAUCCUACUUACAGUCAACGAUUGUCACCUUUGACUUUUUAUGGCAACUAUGCGAGCCUUCAAGGUUUUGGUAUGGGACUUUCAGGAGGUGUUGAUGUUGACGGAAAUGGAUAUAAUGAUUUGGCAAUUGGCGCUUAUAGAAGUGGACGAGUAUUUAUUUUAAAAACAAGACCAAUAAUUGAUUUUCUUACGACAUUAAAAUCAAAUGUCAGUUCUAUAAGUAACAGUACUUAUGUGUCGAUAACAUACUGUGUGAAAUACACACCUCGAGCCAAUACGACCAAAUUGCCAUUGGCAGAUGUUCAAUUUCAAGUAAAGUUAAGACUAGAUUAUAGAGUUAUGGGAAUAGGAAAUUAUGCAGAAAAUAUUACAAUUUCGCCGUCAAAUAAUAUUUGCAGAAAUGUCAAUGUAACCGUUAAGCCAACAACAACGAAUUUUCAACCCUUCAAAUACUCUUUGUCAACUCAAGUACUUCAGGAUAUUAUUUUUUCGCAAGGAACAAAUUUAAUUGAAAGAUCAAUUCCAUAUGCUCAUGGAUGCGGUGAUGAUAAUAUUUGCCAAACUCAAAUAUUAAUAAACGUGAUAAGAAGCAGUGAUAGCAUUAUUUUGGGAGAAGAUAAGAACAUAAUUGUAAUUGUAUCAGCAGAAAAUGUGGGAGAACCAGGAUACCAAUGUGAAUUACACAUUCAAGGCUCGAAGGAAAUAAAGCUAGAUAAAACCUGCAUUAUGGAAAACACUACGUAUAUUUGUUUAUUUGCAAAUAAGCUAGAUAGCGAGAAAACGAUGCAACUAUCUUUUAAUAUAAUAUCCAGUGAUAUAAAUUUGAAGAAAAUCGUCAUUAAAUUUAAUUUGAAAUGUCUUGGAGAAAAUUUGUAUCCAGCCGAUGAUACUUUAAACCUAAAAGUUUUAUUUCGAAAUUCAAUAUAUGUCGAAGGAAAGUCAAAUCCAGAUAACUUCGAAUUUUAUGGUAAAGGCGCAAAUGUGGAAAAUAAAAUCGAUAUUGUACAUACGUUUACUGUCGGAAAUUAUGGUCCAUCUCCUGCGAAAACAAAUAUUUCCUUUUUAAUUCCUAUCAUCAAAUUGGGAAAGGAAGAUUUGUUAGAAUUUAUUGAAGUUACGAAUAUACAUGGUGACCAAGUUCAGUGUGAAGCCUCUGACAAAAUAAAAAAAUCUAUUCUAAUUAUUCCAAAAUACGAUGUGACUUCUGUGAUCAAGACCCCUUUAAAUAUGACAAACAUUUUCGAUUGUUUGCAAGAGCUGAAUUGUUUUGAAUUGUAUUGUGAAGGAGACGUUUUAUAUAAAUCGUCACAAACUGCAAAUUACAAUCUGAAAUUUCAGAUCAAGCCAAAUUUACUGGAAGAGUUUUUUCAUACCCAAGAAAAAAAUAAAAAUAAAUAUAAUCUAGCCUAUAUUUCUACAGCAGUUAUUUCUAAUGGAACAACAAUGAUCGUUUUGGAAAUCAAGAAUCGCCACCUCUUACUCCACUAGAAACAGAUGAAUAUCAAGAAGAUGAUGAGAGAAUGAAAUUUGAAUUAGACAUUUCUUGAUUAUAAUUUGAAAUAUGUUUACCUUUAGUUACUGUAAAAUAUUAUUAGUAGAUUGAAAUUCAAAAUAUUUAUAAACUUAUUA